UAUUCACAAUUCGAAGGCGGCACAAGUCAUACGCUGGUGAUCGGCAUUGUGCAUUAAUUUGUUGUGGUGGGGUCGGUUUCAUUUCUCCGCUCCAUAGGCAAUGGAGGAAAAGAAAACAUAUCAGAUCAUUAAGUAAAAAUAUCUAAAUUUAAACAAAGUAAAAAAUAAAAAGAAAAGUUCAAAAUAUCAACCGACCGAUGAGACACAGUGAAUAAGCAGCACUGUCCAAAAAGUCAAGAACGCAUAGAGAAAACCCGAAAAAAUGCAAUAAAUCAAAACCACCAUUUAGUUAAACACACACAAACACGCGUACGCAACAACAAAAUGAUACAUAUAUCAUCACAUUCGUAUAGAGUAAAGUGAAAUUAAUAAUAAGAAUAAUAUUAACCAGAAAGAAUAACACGGAACAUUUAAACAAUCGGAAAGCCAUAGAAAUGUACAUUGAAGCGGUCAAUACCCACAUUCGAAUAGAAAAACGACAGCAAAAAUAGAGUAAGCGAUUUGUUUAUUCAUUCAGAAACGAGGCUGCUAAGUAAGCCAUGAAGCUCCACCAGCAGCACUCUCACUCACCAACACAAAUGCCAUCUACUAGUGGUCGUGGUCGCCAAUGUUUGUUGUCAUUCUGCCCACCCACCUCCACAGCCAUUGUUUUGUUUAUAUUAUUUCUUCAUACAACCAGCGCCAAAAAUUUCCCCUGCCCCUUUCACCAAACAAUCAACAUUACCGAUGGCCUACGUCUAAAAGAUGGCUCUUAUUCUUACGAAGGUCUGGUCAUACCGGCAAAUCUCACGGCCGAAUAUAAAAUCAAGGUAAUCGAUGGCAUCGAAUAUUCGGCUCCCAAGCAUUGGCGAGCUUGUGCCUGCCUCCUUAAACCAUGUGUCACCUUUUGCUGCCCACCUAAAAUGCAUUUUGAUGAGAGGCAUCAAAAUUGUACCCCAAAUCUGAAUGAGGGUCAUUCGCAGCAUAAUCACAUAGAGGUGACUUUUUCAAAUGGUAGCGUCAACGCGGUGAAUAUCAAAGAGGCGUUUAUUAUCCGCUAUGAACUUGGAUGCAAAAACAAGAUGGUGGAACGAAAUAUGGCGGACUUUUGGAAAUGGGAUCUAUUUGAGAAUGGCACCUUAAAACGUGACAACAUUUAUUUCACCAAUGAUCAAUACUGUUUUACACCCUUGGAGCACAAAAAGUCAUGGAGUUUGACGCCGCUGACAUGCGAAAGAUUUGUGAGAGGUUUUCGCGUGUGGAUAUAUGCCAUAUGUUCGAGUCUGGCUAUAUUGAUAAAUAUUGGCAUCAUUAUCAUGUAUGUUGCUAUUAAGGAGGUACGCAAUAGUAUCUAUGGCGAAGGCCUGAUAUUCCAUCUGUUCUCAUUGACCAUUGGUUUGUCUUUUUUGGUGUAUUUGCAUUUAAAAAAUCCCUUAAAUCUAUCACACACAGCAUGUAGGAAUAUAGGAUUUUUGGCCUAUUUCUUUAUAAUUGUCUCCUUUCUGAUAUUGAACAUAAUCAGCGGUAGUUUUUGGGCCAUCUUCGCUUUGAAGCCCAUCAAAAAAUGGUAUUUGAAAAUUCUAUAUGCCCUUGCCUUUGUUAUGGGCUUGGCUAUGAAGUAUGUGAUUAAAGCGGUACAAGAUUCAAGUGUGGGUCGUCAUUUAAAACCUGGUAUUGGAGAAGAUUUGUGCUGGUUUGAUACUCGUUUGUGGGGUAUUUUAUUGUACUUCUAUAUACCCUUAUUGAUGUCAUUGGGUUUAAGUAUUUUUUGUGUGGCCCGAGCUUUUUUCUGCAUUUUGGACUUACCCAGUGAUACCCAGACAGUGGCUGGUAAAGAUUUUGUGAUCACCAGAAAGCAUUUCUAUUCAUAUUGCAUUUACAUGUUGGUCCUCUUCUCGAUUUGGAUGCGUGAAAUUAUCGUCUAUAUAAUCGCCCGCAUUCGAGAACAUUUCUUCAUCAUCGAUUACUGGAGUGGCAUUUGCAUUUUGUGUUUGGCGUUCGUGGCUUUUGUAUAUUUGCUGCGCAAAAAUAAAUUCGUACAAUUAUGGUGGGAAGAGAAUGUCGAGGGUAAGGAAAAGCCUCCCGAAUAUGUUUCACCACCUGACUACUCCUUUUUACGUGUUCAAAAUUUCAAGAAACAGGAUUCACUCAAUUCAGAACAGCAACCGGAAUAAAAUUGAAAAAUGUUUAAACGUUCUCCACAAUCCCGCCUCCAAUUAUCUUUUAAAUUGCAUAGAAAUCCAUGCAUCAAAAGAAUUCGUUUAACAUAUUUGUUGAAUGUAAAUAGAACGGUUGAAAGUCUGCAUGUUCUCCUUGAUGAUUCCGGCAUUUCUGAUGAUUGUCAUAUUAAACCGUGUACUUAUAAGUCUGAAGAUGUUCACAUUGUUCAAAUGCAAUAAAAAGAAAAACUAUUUAUUUUGA